GAUAUAAUAUGUAUAUGUGCAGAAACAAUGUUAAAUUUAAAAAAUAAUUUAAUUGCGCUAUUUAGCGAUAUCGUGUAAGAGGAUUUGCUAAGCAAGAACCCUGACAUUGCAUCAAAACAAAAACACAAAAACGAAAAACAGCUGUUUGGUAAUACAAUUUGCGAUAAAGGAAAAAAUGUUAAGGUUAACGUAACAUAAUUACAAAAAAAGUUGUUUUCGAAAUGAGUAAUUUAUUAAAUAUAACGGUCAAUGCCACAAAAAAUAUAUUUCGUUCAAACACCACUUGCCGUCUACUUCAUCGCACGCCACAUUAUAUAAUUAAGCCAACAGUUACUCCAAAAUCGAGGCUUCAGCUUAACAAAGUGCCAGUACGUAACCACUCUUCACCGGCCUUCGAUGUCAACACAAACGUUACCAAAGAUGUGAUACUUUUCAAAUAUGAAAAUCCCAGAUACUAUAAAGUAUUAAAUAUAUUUGGCUUGUGUCAAUUUGCGUUCUGGACAUAUCUGUCGCAUUUUGCGUUUACCACACUGAUAGAUGCGCCAGUGAAGGGCAUACCUGAAGAAGAAUUAAAAUGGUACCAAAAAAUUAAUUUGGGAGAGAACAAAUAUCGUAAUGGCAUUACAACAUUCUGUUUCCUUAUAGGCUAUGGCAUCCUAUGUGCAACCUGGUUGUUCACAUUGCGUUCAGUGCGCUAUUUAAUACUUCGUAAAGGUGGUAAAGAUGUUGCAUUUGUUACUUAUGGUCCAUUUAACAAAAAUCGAAUAAUGACCGUGCCAUUAAAAUUUGUAUCUGCACAAGAAUCGCGUGAAACUGCGCGCAGUCAACUGCCUAUUAAAGUUAAGAAUCGUACACUGUAUUAUGUGCUUGAUAUGCGUGGAGAAUUUAAAAAUCCUCAAUUGUUCGAUUUUACUGCAGGAUUAAGGCGGCGUAUUGAUUGAAAUUAAACUUGGAAUCAUAUCAGUAAACUGGUUCUCGCUGCUGUGUGAUUAGUAAACCAAAACGUUUUUUGAUCGUCAAACGUUGACGGGAGUAUUUAUCUUC